AUGUCUAAUGCAUUUCCAUCAACCAAGACCAUUCAACAGGGGCCAUUCGAAGCCAGUUUGGAGAUCUACCAAGAUCGAGUGAUGGUGAUAUUGACGGAGAUUGGCAGAAUAAGCUCGCUCGUGCAGGUUGAUAUACAAGACAAGGAAGAUGUUACGGAUCUGAUAGAUGGGAUCUACUACGAACCGUCAGUGCACAGCAACCUACUCAAUCUACUUGGACAAUUCACGAACCAGGAGCAGCUGCUUUCCAACGCCAUCGCCACGCUACUUCUUAAAGGAAGUAAAUCAAGUUCCCCGCUGCCAUUCUCAACUUGCGUCGUUGGACUUGGUUUGAGCAACAAGGACGAGAUAAGCAGGGCGAAAGUUGUCGCAAUGCUUCACAUAUGUAAUAAUUUGUUAUAG